AUGGCACCCCAGGAACCAUUUCCAAUCCUCAAUAGCUCGGCCGAUCAAUUACACUCGGCAGCUGAUCAAGGGAAUGCGCGUCGGCGUAGGAAGUCGAGCGUGCUUGGUACAGACAUCAGGGUAGGAGAUACGGGUGCGCCUAGUUUGCAAGCCAGUCUCGCGACCUUUCAAGAUACAAAUGGACAUACGCAAAAGCCAUCAACACCGGAUGGCAAGGAAGUGUCUAAAAGGGGCUCAAAGCGUCGCAAAGCUCGCUCCUUUUUACGUCGCUGCAAGCACUACGCCCUCAAGCAUACCUGGGUCUUACCCCUAGUCCUCUUGGCCGUCUUCCUGUCUGUAUACGCCAUUAACCCGACCGAAUCGAAUCCUGCCCAUCACUUCAUCUUCCUCUCGUAUAAGCUCCCGCUCGAGGCCGGUGCUGAUCCCGAAGCGCCUAUCCAAUAUGGCAAAGGGCCGUGGGAUAUCGCCUUCGUAUCUUUCUAUACCGUCGUCCUCUCCUUUACGCGCGAGUUUAUCAUGCAAGAACUUCUCCGCCCGCUCGCUAGGAAAGCCGGUCUAAAGUCUCGUGCUAAACAAGCUCGUUUCCUAGAGCAGAUGUAUACCGCCAUCUAUUUUGGGUUCUUGGGACCGACCGGUAUGUAUGUCAUGAGCCGAACUCCUGUUUGGUAUUUCAACACUCGCGGCAUGUAUGAGAACUUCCCUCAUAAGACGCACGAGGCCAUGUUCAAAUUCUACUACCUAUUCCAGGCCGCCUACUGGGCCCAACAAGCUAUUGUCCUCUUGCUUGGCAUAGAAAAGCCGCGAAAGGAUUAUAAGGAGCUCGUUGGCCACCAUAUCGUUAGUUUGACGCUUAUUGCGCUAAGCUACCGCUUUCAUUUCACCUAUAUUGGUCUGGCUGUCUACAUUACCCACGACAUUAGUGACUUCUUCCUUGCUACCUCCAAAACUCUCAAUUACAUCGAUCACCCUCUAGUAGGACCUUAUUUCUUCAUAUUUAUGACCUCAUGGGCCUACCUACGUCAUUAUCUUAACCUCCGCAUUAUCUAUUCACUAUUCACCGAAUUCAGGACUGUCGGCCCUUAUGAGCUAAACUGGGAAACCGGACAGUAUAAAUGCGAACUUGCUUUCGUUAUUACUCUAACCCUCCUCUCGUCUCUGCAGGCUCUUAACCUGUUCUGGUUCUUCUUCAUCGUGAGGAUUGCUUACCGCUUCAUCGUCUAUAACGAAGCGGACGACGAUCGUUCCGAGGCUGAGGAAUCUGAUAUUAACGAGCCAGAGAACGAGAAGGCAGAGACACCAAAAGCGAUUAAGGAGAGCACCGAAGCAACGCCGUUGCUUAACGGCAAUGCUAACGGGAACGGCAAUGCAAACGGCAUUAAGACCCGCUCGAACGGGUCAGCGUCGGCGUCGAAAAAGAAGGCGGCUCGAUAG